ACGUCACCGCGUGGGGGAAACAACGGCUACUAGAGGGAUGUUUGAGCGCCUCCGCCCCGGUCAGUCGAGGGAUGGCAGAAAGUGGUUUCCGUUCCCUCGUACUGUAGCAGAAUGGGCGAGCGUGGAGCGCUUCUACCUCGAGCCCCCACGAUGUCAGUCCGAGCCGGGCUCGCGGAUUCCUGCCCUGGUUUCCCCUUCCAGGCUUGAGUCGCCGUUGCCCCUGGGCCUCGGCCUAGUGCGACCCGCCACCUCGCUCAGUAGAAACCCUUCUUCGCACCCAGCGUCUGCCGGCUAGUCGGGGAGAGCCCGGCUCCGGGAUGGCCACCCGGGGGCUCCGACCGCCUUUUGGCCGCUGCCUGAACCCAGCUGCCUUUAGGACCCAGGGGAGGUUACUUACCCCGGGCCUAUCCCCAGGGCAAGUUCCUGAUUCCUGAGGUAGAAGAGCCAUCGCCAGGGAGUGGCACCUGUGCCUAGUACCCAGGCCAGAAGCCCCUGUGCCUUGACCCCAGGUAGGCCUCGAAAAAGGCAGCAACGUCCACUCUGCCGCCUCACGGAGAAGAGGCCCCCAGGCUGUGAUCUGGCCCACUGGGACGAGCUGAAGUUGGGAGGCGGGAGAGUGGGUCUCGGUCUCGGGGCACCGGACACCCGGCUGAGGACACUCGAGUCCGGAUCCCGCCGGCCCGCGGCGGGCAGCACCGGGGCCCAGACUGCCAGGCCUCUCUCCUGCCCCCAGGCGCCCCUCCGAGCCCCGGCCAACAUGAAGCUGCACCGCAAGCCCGUGCUCGGGUUCUUCCGCGGGUACCAGGCGCAGGCGCCGGACCAGGAGGGCGUCCUGCUCAAGAAGGGCGCCCGGAACACCAGCUACCAGCGCCGCUGGUUCAUCCUGCGCGGGAACCUCCUCUUCUAUCUGGAGCACCGGGCCGACCGCACACCCCUGGGCCUCAUCCUGUUGGAGAACUGCCAGGUGGCGCCCCGCCUGGGGGCCACGGAGCCCUACGCCUUCACCAUCGUGACCCCCGGGGGCGACGGCAGCGAGGGCGGGCGGGCCUACAAACUGGCUGCAGAAAGCCAGCAGGAGCUGGGCGCCUGGCUGGGGGCGCUGGCCAGGGUGAGCUGGAGGCGACUAGCAGUGCUGUUACCCCCACUCGAGGCCCAGUACCGGGAGCUGUGCCAGGCAGCUGGCCACGAGCCCAGCUCACCCCCAGAGCACCAGGACUUCCUCGCCACCCUCAAUCCUCCCUCUAGCUUCCAGGAAUUACACGAGCGCUUUGGGAAGGAGAUCCGGGUACUACAGCUGGUCCGGGGAGCCCUCCACGAGGCCAAUGACCUCGGAGGCCGCCAGUCCGCAGGAGCUCACCCAUUGUUGAUGGAUGACUGAGAGAUGGACCCAAGGCCAGGAGGCUCCUUCCUGCCGAGAGCAGCAGACUGCUUCCUUAGAGGCACAUAUUUUGGCUUCACCCCUGCAUCCCUCCCCAGUCAUUACUCUAACCCGCUCAUCAAAUAACAAGGCCGGAGACAUGCCCAGCCCACAGGCGUCCAGUGAAACCCAUCAAAUACCUGAUGGAAGUAGGUGCCCUCUGCAGCGGCCUCAGAAACCCCAGUGCCCCACGGCCUGACCGGCUACAGAAGUACCUUCACAGAAGAACAUGUCCCAGACACGC